UUAAUCCCCUUUUUCAUUUUUUUUUUUAAUCCAAAAAUAGCGAAGGACGGCUUUUGGGACGUUGAUAAUCAUGCUCUAAGUAUAUAUUUGGCGCGAUAGUUUACAAAAAUAAAAUAAUAUAUAUAUAUUUGGCGCGUUGUCGUUUGAUUGAUACAAAAAAAAAAAUCAAAUUAGAUAUAAAAAUACUGAUAAAUGGGUGUCCCGUAAUCAUCAGUUUUUCCAUGUAUUUAAUUGAAAUGAUGUCAUAUCAAGUAGGGUUAAUAACUAUUAUUAAAGGGAUUAGGAUCUUUUUUUUUAGUUUAGGGAUCUUUAAAUUUUAAUGUUGUCAUAGCCUCAAAAAUCUUACUAAUAUUUCUUUAGACAAGCUAGCGGACUCAUUAUCACCUUAAUUAUUGUUUUAUCAGUUUUCGUCAGGAUAUAUUUUAUUCCAGAUUUUUUUGUUUUUGCUAAAAAUUCUAUUCCAGGUUUGUGGAUAGAAAUAACUUUUAUGGUAGUCAAGGACACAACGGUCGAUUUAUAUAAUGACACAUGUGUGCAUUGGUAAGGUUUUUUUUGGUGUGGUGAGUUAUAACUUUCUUUUAGUAUUGUAGGUUUUGUUUAAGGGGUGAAUUGUAACUUCUAUAUAUGCUAUAAUUAACUGGACGUAUCAAUUAUUGAUACAUACUAUAUGAUUAAUUAAAGAGAAAGGGGUUGACCAAUUUAAAUCAGUAGGAUCAUAUAUACCUCAUAAGAGCUUUACUUAAGAGUUAUAAUUAGGACCGUCUCAUCCAGCAGAACCAAAGUACAAUACCUUAAUGAAGAGUGACUGUGAUAUGGGUAAGCUGGAUAGAUUACGGAGGAGUGCGAUUGGAUAAGGUAUUGGCUAAGUACCGAUGUCUCCGACCGCCUCCACGUGAUCACACUACUUGCCUUUCAUUUUCAUGCUCUGACCUUUUGACUGCACGUGACUUUUGUCUGUACACGUGCGGAUUAAGCUAACGUGUCCGGUUCAAGUACAUUGCACUGAGUCUCGGCAGGUUGCGCUGACAAAAACGAUGGUUCGUGGGUCCCACAAGCCAUGACGAUGGACGGUUCCGGUCAGUUUCAAAGGGGUUCCACAAAAAUUUUGCCCACAUGCGUCCACGUUAAGGAGCUUUAGGUUUUACUAUAUGGGUGCAGUGCAUUUUGAAAAUUAGGAUACCCAGUCACGGUCCGAUGAGGUUCAAGCUUAGAUGGGUCGACUCCAUGUUAGUCACGCGCCUUUAAAGUGAGUGUGGUCUUUGUGGGAUUCGUUUAUCAUCUUUGUACUCAACUUCCACUUGACAUUUUUUUGUCGAAAAUGAUGCGUUUCUAUAUUUUGUCUAUAGUUUCUCAUAAACAAAUAGUCCUUUGACUCUUUUGUUUCCUCACCUGUUAAUCUUAUCUUAUCUCAGGCUUUCAAAUUAUAAAAUUUCACAAUCUUUCUUUUAUUUAUAUGGAGCCAAAGAAAAACCUCGACGAAGCCAUCGUUUUCUUCGGGAUCCAAUGCAAAGAUAACCACUUACUCACAUACUUUGUCGGGUUGUGUGCGUAAUAUAUACAUUUUAUAAAACAUAUAUUCAUAAUUUCACAUUUAUAUUAAAUUAUAUUAAUAUAGAAAAAUAAAAUAAAGGUUAUUGUUUCUCCGCUAAAUUAUCGGUGUCUGCCUUUGCUUUUACUUUCCUCGUUCAAUGAGAGGACCAAAAAUCCAUCGCCACAUGAAUCUCAAGCUUUUCUCUACUUUUCUAGAGCACAUUAGAGUCGCUAAAAAUACGACAUCUCUCGUAGUCAAUAAGAAGCUGCUUCAUCCUCUUGCCCUAAUCAGGCUACCUAACUAGGGUUUCCUCUUACCUCUCCCCAACCUAAGAGAGAGAUCAUUUGACAUAUAUAAGUUACCUUUUUUCUCUUUGCUUGUUGUUUAAUUUAGUUCUGUUCUCAUCCCUUCUUGCUCCUCCAAAUCUUGAUGAAUUUUGAGACCUCUUGAUCGUCAGAGUUCUUUUUUUAUAUCUUCACGCUCUUCCUCACCUCUCAUCAAUAUAUGAGCGAGAAGGAUCAAGAAUCAAGAAGUUGAUUUGUGCCGGCGAGUAAACAGUGGUGGGAUAGAGAACUAGUAGAUACGGCGGCGAUGGAAGGCGGUUACGAGCAAGGCGGUGGAGCUAAUUCUAGACACUUCCAUAACCUCUUCAGACCGGAGAUUCACCAUCAACAAUUUCAACCGCAAGGCGGGAUCAACUUGACUGACCAGCAUCGCCAUCAGCAGCAACACGAGCAGCACCAGCAGCCUUCGGAUGAUUCAAGAGAAUCUGAUCACUCAAACAAAGACCAUCAUCAACCGGGUGGACCAGAUUCAUCAGACCGGGCUACAUCAAGCUCAGCACCAGGGAAACGUCCACGUGGACGUCCACCAGGAUCUAAGAACAAGGCUAAGCCACCGAUCAUAGUGACGCGCGAUAGCCCCAAUGCGCUUAAAUCUCAUGUUCUUGAAGUAUCUCCAGGAGCUGACAUAGUUGAGAGUGUUUCAACUUACGCUAGGCGGAGAGGGAGAGGGGUCUCCGUUUUAGGAGGAAACGGCACCGUUUCUAACGUCACUCUCCGUCAGCCAGUCACUUCUGGAAAUGGCGUUGGCGUUGGAGCCGGAGGAGUUGUGACUUUACAUGGAAGGUUUGAGAUUCUUUCGUUAACCGGAACCGUUUUGCCACCACCUGCGCCACCUGGUGCUGGUGGUCUGUCGAUUUUUCUGGCCGGAGGGCAAGGUCAGGUGGUUGGAGGAGUCGUCGUGGCCCCGCUUGUGGCAUCAGCUCCGGUUAUACUAAUGGCUACUUCGUUCUCAAAUGCGGUUUUCGAGAGACUGCCUAUCGAGGAGGAAGAGGAAGAAGGCGGUGAUGGAGGAGCAGGAGGAGCACCGCAGAUGCAGCAAGCUCCAUCAGCAUCUCCGCCGUCAGGAGUGACUGGUCAGGGACAGUUAGGAGGUAAUGUCGGUGGUUAUGGGUUUUCCGCUGAUCCUCAUUUGCAUGGAUGGGGAGCUGGUACACCUUCAAGACCACCUUUUAAUUAAAUCUUAUGUGUUUUAAUCAUUUUGUGGAGUCGUCUUUCAUUUGGGAUCUUCGGUAAUUAUUAUUUUUAGUUGAUAUGCAUAUUUGCGUUUUAAUGUUUUUUUUUUUAUCUUUCUUCUCGUCUUUGAGGUUAGAGCAAUGCAUAUUUGUCUCUCGUGUUAUUAUUUGCUAGAAAAAGACCUCUCCAGACUCCAUAUAUGUAUUUCUUUAUUUCUUUGCUAGGGUUUCCUGCUGCACCCUAUAACUAAUCUUAUAAUUAGCUCGA